GCCAUACUAUUGGACCUUGAAAAUGCCUUCGACUCAGUUUGGCUGAAUGGACUUACAUAUCUACUAGUACAACUAAAUUUUCCAAAAAAAACAGUUAAUGAAAUAUCUUUUGAAAUCGUAAAACAAAUUAAAGAAUUCAAAAUUACCAUGACUAAUCAAGAAACACAAGAAGAAAUUGAAAUUCCUACCAAAAAAACAGUCAAAUACCUAGGAAUUAAUUUUGAUUAUCUACUGAGAAUG